AUGUCAAUGAGCACAAAUGCUUUAGUGACAGAAAUCUAUCAUUCAAAUCGAUUGUCGCGAGCUCGAUUGGAGCAACAUACCAAAAUAUUCGCGUCUAUGUGUCCCGAUGAAAUCCUCGAUUAUUAUGAUGAUUACGAGACCAGAGAAUAUGACACAACGUUGAUGCUCGGCGAUGUUUCAGGUUUCACAGACCUCACAGAAAAAUACACGAAGACCGGUGUUGGUGGUCCGUCUAAGUUAUCGGAAACUUUGAACAGCUAUAUCGGCGCAAUGGUACAGGAAAUCCUUUCUCAUAAUGGGGACGUCGUGAAAUUUUCUGGCGAUGCAUUUAUAGUAAUGUGGAAGCUCCAAGAAGGGAUGCUUAUGCGCGAUAUCGCGACGGAGGCGAUGCAAACUGCAUGCAUCAUACAAAAGCAUUUUGGAACCUAUAACACUGACGUUGGUGUAACGCUCAGAGUAAAACUUGCUAUUGCUUCCGGGAUAACGUACUUCACGUCUAUUGGCGAUCCAGAAACAAUGUCUUAUUAUGUCAUUACUGGAAAACCUGUUUGGGAUGUAAAGUUCGCCGAAGGAUUAUGCAGAGGUGGUGAUAUUCUUGUGGCACCCAGUAGCUGGCAAUGGGCAAAUCCUAGCGAAUAUGUUUAUGAAAAGUUACCGGACGGUAUACAUACUUUAAUCAUAGCUUGCUCAGUAAUGUGGUAUCAGUCUAGACCUCACGAUGUUCACAACGUAAUAAAACGCAUGCAAGUGAUAGAUGACAGGCAUACCGAACAUGAUAGAAAUUUCCUUGAGUUAUCGCGUGAUGCAAAAGCGACAAAUAGUGCAACCUUAACGAACUGGACCGGUAAUACUCAAACAGAACAUUUCGAGGAAGUUGAUUAUAGCUUGAGACCCAAAGUUAUAAAGGCAGCUAAAGAGGGAUUGAAAGAUUCAUUGAGAAGCUACAUGCUUAGACCAGUAAUACGAUCAGUAGAGAUGGAUGAUCCGUUAGAACAUCUUACAGAGAUGAGACAAGUGGUCAUACUCUUCAUCAACAUCGUCACAACGGUCAUGGAUAACGAAGAAUUGAUCUCGCUUGUUAGCGCGGCUUAUAAAUUAGUCUGCGGGGUAGUGUGUGAGAUGCACGGAUGCGUGAACAAGACAUCCCUUUUCGACAAAGACCUUAUAUUUCUUUGCAUAUUUGGACUGCGGGGCGACAAACACGUGAUGGAAUCACAGAUCGGAUUGAGAUGCGCUAGUAGGGUACGACAGGAUCUUCUAGCGAUAAAAAAUGUACAAUCCGUGACAAUCGCUGUUACCACCGGAAUGACAUAUUGCGGUGUGGUCGGUCAUAUUUUACGGAGGGAGUACACUGUAAUCGGAAUGUCAGUCAACAAAGCAGCCCGUUUAAUGGUUGCAUACAAUAACAAAGUAAUAUGCGAUAGAGAGAGUUUCUUACGUUCUCGUCUUGAAGCGAGACACUUUACGUUACAAGAACCAAGACAUCUGAAAGGAAUCACAAACGUUGGUCCAGUUUAUGAAUUUCAAGAACAGAUAAAGUUUCCUACGCCUGAAUUAAUACGGAAAAAAUAUCCUUUGCUUGGACGACAAGAGGAAAUCAAAAGUUUUCGACAAAUACUAUCAAAUUUGAUGUCACAUUUUUCUACGGAUGUAACAACGCAGCAUUCGCAGCCCGAUCACAAUAUGCUGAUAAUAAAAGGCGAACCGAGAAUCGGCAAGACGAGAUUGUUGGACGAAAUUGCGCAGAAUAUACCUACAAAUGUGUCACGCAACUAUAUCUCCUUGGUCAUGAGCGAUGCUAAGAUUAAGAGUCAGAACAGAGUUAAAAAAUCAGUGGUUUUUUUUUUAACGCAGACUUCUUACAGUUUGAUCCACCUGAUAUUUUCCAUACCGUUGGGCUUCAGUGUCGUCACCACCCCGAGGGAGCGCGAAGAAAUACUAAAGUCACGACUAGGCUGUGUACGCAAACCAGAAUUUCUCUGUGCCCUUAAUCAGCCCUUCAACGUGCAUUUCAUGAUAAAUCCACACUACACAGCAUUAUCCAGGAAGCGAAAGCAUAAUGUGUUGUGCAAGUUUCUACUCAAAUUAAUGAGAAACUGCUUCAGGGAACUAUGGGUGAUAAUUAUCGAUGACGCUCAGCACAGUGACAACGAUUCUAUGAAAUUGUUUCGUACGGUGAUUAAGCAAACCACAGUCUUCUUCAUCCUCAGCUUUGGACGUAUGUUUAACGGCGAGUACGAAAUACAUCCCGAUAUUUUGGACACAGCACGAAUCAUCGAAUUGGGUCACAUAGACAAAUGGUAUCACGCGGCACUUGCAUGUCAGUUUCUUGAUGCAAGCGGAAUUCCUCCGGAACUCGAGAGACUGAUUCAGGAAAAAAGUUUUGGAAAUCCAGGUUGGAUAGAAAGUUAUUUACUGAGUCUCACGCAAUCUGGUAGUCUUGUAACAGUACAUAUCAGCAAAAUUAUUGCCGAAGAAAUGGGUUACGUGCUUCCUCCCAUUUAUAUGCUAAAAAGAUUUGACUCAGAGGAUAUCUUUUUAAAUAACGAAGAAGAACGUUCAGAUAAGUGGAAAAUGUACAGGACAAGUUAUCGAAACGGUUCAGUUAUACCUUUGAUAAGGUUGCAAACUAUCCAUAAAACGGGAAUGCCAAUUUGGAAUGAUGAAGAAACAAUUGCAGUUUGCAAAUUUACAGAAGGUUUUGUACCAGAAGAGGGAGAUGCUGAAGUGACGAUGGAUGCUAUGAUUUUGAAAAUUUUUGACUCGUUAACACCAUUGGAUCAAAUACUAUUAAAAUGCGCGUCAGUGUUGGGAGAAAUUAUCAAUCGAAGCAUGUUGCAAUACCUAAUGGAAGAUAAAUCUACAAGGGAAAUUGGACUCGCUAUCAAAAAAUUAUUUGAGAUUCGAAUCUUUGGAUGUGCACGAGGCGAUUUUACUACGAGCGGUAGACCGCUGGUAUUCAAUAGAAAUAUAAGGGAAUCUAUUCUUGAGAUAGAAAUUGCGUGCGAAUGUGUGGAUCUUAUGAUACCAGAAGAACUAAUCGAUCUACCGCGGUACGCGUCUUGCGGUCUGAUGUAUUUCAAAAUGUCGAUGUUUCGCGAAACUACUUACAGAUCACUCACGGAAAAUCAAAAAAUGGAAUUACAUAGUAAGGCGUUGAAAUAUCUUCGGCAACAUACUAAACGGUGUAUGGCUUGUGGUGAAAUACAAUUUAUAAAAUUACUAGGGAAAACAGCCGUGCAGGAAAUUAAAAGAACAAAACUAACUGUCGACAUUAAUGAGAUACAUCAACUUGAAGAAGUAACUUAUACUUUCAAAGAAGAGACAGAAAAAGAAAAGACACCAAUUUAUCUUAAUAUCUUUCAAAAAGUAAGAAAACCUACCAAGACCUUCUCUAACGUUGACUUUGCCAAUUGUCAAUGCCAUCUUAUCUUAAUGACUGUCUAUGCUCAGAUAUUAGAACAUUGUCAAGGAAUCGGAAAACAAGACGUGAUCUUGACGGCAAUUUUGGAAUUUACGGAGAUUUGUUUAGCAAGUAACAAUGUACCUCAAGCUCGCAGACUUCUGAGUGAUGCUGAAACUCUGGUUCAACAAAUGGUCGAGUCCAGUGAAGAGAAAUCAAUCUUCUUGUUUUAUCUCACCGCAAAAAUUCAGACGUUUCAAGGUAAAUGUCAUUUGGAAAGCGGUUUAAUUUCCGAAGCAAGCAAGAAGCUAAACGAGGCAAUGAGCAGUCUGGGCUAUCAUUUUCCUCAACGUAAAUUCAUAAUUAACUUGAAGUCUACGAUUCAACUCGAACUGUUAAGAUGGAGAUUGAUCUGUCCUAAGCGUUGGAAUAUUGACACCGCCGAUGAACUUUCUAUAAAUUAUAUCGAACAAUUGGCUAAUUGUUUGGCACUGAUGUUUCUUGUUUUCAAAGGAACAAAACGUAUGAAAAAACAUGCACGGCUAGCGGCUAUCUGGAGCUUAAAUGCUGCCCUGGAUGCGUCGAAUGAUUUUCUCACGCUCUGUACUUCAUUUACGAAUAUGAUGACUACUGCCCACGUCUACCAAACCAAGUUAAUUGUUCCUUAUUUGGAAAAAGAGGCUCUCAGUAUCUGUGCAAAAAAAGGAGAUUUACUUGAGUUUCAAGAGCUUCAAGUCAUUGCUGAACUUUAUGCAGGAAUAUUUUUUUCGCGAUGGUUGAGAGGAGAAAUCAGCAAAGCGAUCAGAAUCGGCUUUAUCACGAUGAGGAUGGCACAAACUAUGGACUCUGUGUUCCUCAAAUUACUCGUACUACCAAGAUUGAUACACUUGCUCAUGAUUUCAUGUCGUCAUUCGGAAGUCGUGACUUUGCUAAGAGAGUUAGAAUUCGUAUCGCAAAAUGAUUUGGACAAAUCAGGUCGGACUUGGUAUUACGCUAUGUGCGCUGAUGUGCAACUCGAUACUGGUCUCACAGUCUUGUCGUUUCAAAAUUGCGAUGAAUAUUACAUUCAAGAAGGAGAGACCAUAAUCAGCCUCCACGAUCCCGAAGCGGAAAGGAGAUAUUUCACGUCUAUGUGGUUAUGGUGUAUCAGAACACAGCAGUGGGAAGCUAUAAAAGUUUGGACCAGCAGGAACGUAACAGCCGAAAGUGUGGUGGAUGAGCACAAGGUGGCCGCGACAAUUACUGCAUUGAAGAAACUCGAGGGACUGUUAAUUUUAUACGUAAGAGAAAUUACUAACAGAAAUAUAAAUGCAUUGCAAACGUUAACGGAAAUCAAGCAUGAAUUUAGACAUGUCAAAAGUAUGAUAAAAAUCGUAAAAAUUGCAGUUCCUAGAUACAUGUUGAUGAAAGCUUACUAUUAUAUGAUACAAUUGCAAAAAAGCGCUGCAAUAAAAAUGCUACAAAAAACGAAAAGGUUAUGUAUAAAGGUAGACAACAGAAUGAUUUAUGCAUGGGCAAAUCAUUGUCAGCGGGAUUGGCUAGGUGCUAUAUCUUUUAUACAUAAGGAUUUGUGGACAGAAAAAACCAGGAAGCUUGAGAGAUGGGAUGAAGUAAAUGCCAAUGAUUCAAAGAUGAUUCCUUAUACAUUUCCAUUACCAAAAUAUGUAUUGUGA